GCGAUGUCCAGUCCUACCAAAUCUAGGGGCCACGCUCGUUCGGACACUGCUCUCAUCUACGGACUGUCUGCCACGGACGUGCAGAGUCUCCAGGAAAAAUGCACUGAAGCAAAGGCCAGGGCAUAUUGCCCAUAUUCAAAGUUCAGAGUCGGAGCCGCUCUCCUGCUCAGCAAUGGAACGAUUGUCCAGGGAGCGAACGUAGAGAACGCGGCGUAUCCAGUCGGGACGUGUGCGGAGCGGGUUGCGAUUGGGACGGCUGUCGUUCAGGGAGCCAAGAAAGGUGAUAUCCGCGCCAUUGCUGUUGCAACGGACAUCAGUCCUCCUGCUAGUCCUUGUGGAAUGUGCCGACAGUUCAUCCGGGAGUUUUGCGAGCCCAGCUGCCCGAUCCUGAUGUACGACAAGGACGGCAAAUCAGUAGUCAUGACUUUGGAUCAACUACUGCCCAUGUCGUUCGGUCCGGAGAAGCUGUUGACAACGGACGAGCUGGCGGGUGGAGUUACAUCGUAGCAAGUGCACAGCAUUGUAUCGGCGUAUAGGGAGGAGCAUGUAGUACGGAGUGAGUCUGGCGAGAUCUGCAGAGGGUAUGAAGCCAGAAACAUGGCCGACAUCAAGGUCAUU